UUCAUUCAGCAUGACGGCAGCUCUGCAUACUAAUGGAAACACCUGUUGCUGAGAGCUGCUUCACCUGCCUGUGACCUUCCCGCCGACGUUUUUAUCUGGCAGGUUGUCUUUAUGCUAGCUGUCAGCUCUCCCUGCUCCAACACUUCCAGUUUGGCUGCUUUCCACUCGCUCAGAGGUGUAUCUGGAAAUGGAUCGCGGCCUGCUGUAACUCCGGGCCGGUCACAGAUCAGGGGUGGCCUCAGUGUGUGAGAAGGUGGCAGACAAUCAGAGGCUUCAGCCAUGCUGUCCGGGGCACAGCCGUGCUUCCAGCUGCUUCGGAUCGGCCUGUCAACGGGCGACUCGGCGCGGGAUCUGUACACGUUCCGUCCGGCGCUGACCCACUCCGUGUUCCGUCUGGGUCGGGCCGCGGAGCUGUGCGACGUCACGCUAGAUUCGACUUCGGUGUCGCGCAUCCACGCCGAGCUGCACGCUGAGAAGGAGGAGAGCGAAGGCGACGGAGAGCCGGAGCAGGAGGAGGGCUGGAAGGUCCAUAUCAAAGACAGGAGCAGUCAUGGAACGUGGGUGAACGACACGCACCUCCAGCCGGGCAUCCUGUGGGAGCUCUCCGACGGUGACACGCUGACCUUUGGAGGUCAUUCACCUCCAGGAAGCCCUGAGUUCUACUUUCUCUUCCAGAAGGUCAAAGUUCGUCCUCUGGACUUCGAUGCCAUCACAAUUCCAAAGGCAGGGACGUUUUCGUCAGACUUGCAGAACCGGAUCAGGACCAACUUGGACCGAAAAUCAGCCAUCAACCUGGACCUCUCCCAGAUGUCCAUCAACCGGGCCACAGUAAUUCUGAACUCCAUCGGCAGCCUGAGUAAGAUGAAGGGCAGUGCCUGGACCUUUAAGAGGAGCCACAGCCACGAGGGAACCAUUUCUGACCCGGGAACCCCCUCUUCCUCUUCACCUGUGGGCUUCUCCUCGCUGGUUCCUUCCUCCACACAUCCAUCGUUUUCUUCUACAACCUCGGUGCCGUUGAUAAAACCGCUCCAGACCGCAUCCAGGAGCAGGAGAAAGUCUGCACACACGGUUCUCCUGGAGGACGACAGCUCAGAUGAGCCCAGGAGUCGAGGAGCCAUGACAGGAGUUGUGGAGGAAGGACAGAGGUCGCGACCUAAGAAGAGAAGGAGACUCUAUAAAUCUGAGUCUGACAGUUUCAGCUCUCUUCCCCCUCCCCCACUGCAGCCCAAGCUCCACAGCGACAUCCGGCGUCCGCUGGAGGCCAAACCCUUCCCAGUAGGCAUCAGGACCAUCGGCAGCUUCCACGGCGCCAUGACCAACAGCAGACUGAACCAGCAGCUACUGCAGGCCUCCUUCACCAGCGUGGUUCCCCACAGACCGGAGGUGGACACCACACACCGGGUCAAAACCGCGGUGAAUGGAAACAUCGCCACUUUCCGUCAACAGAAAACGGCCCACGGUUCGCCGACAGCGCAGAGAGGGAGGCGGAGGCCCAACAGCACGCCGGUGUUCUCUCCCCUGGUGGUGGGAGGGGAGAACUACAGCCUGGCAUCGCCCACAGUGAGGAUCCGAACUGACGAGAGAGGAAGGGUACAGUUCAACCGAUUCCAUCAUCAAACAGCUAAACGACGAGGCCGGCCCAGAAAACACCCCCUCCCUCCGAGGCCCUUCCUGCCCUCUCCCUCCUCCUCCUCUUCCUCCUCCACUUCAUCGGCCUCCUCUUCCUCCGGCUCCUCCUCGUCCUCCUCUUCAGAGGACGACGAAGACGAGGGUGUGGCGGUGGGGGUGGUGGAGCCGUGCGCCGCCCCGCGGUGCCGGCUGCCACAGCAGGACACGGUGCAGUGGAUCCAGUGCGACGUGUGCGACGCCUGGUACCACAUAGACUGUCUGCACGUGGACCGGAAGAAGGUGCUGAUGGACCCCAACGCCGACUUCCACUGCGGCUGCCGCUGACGGAGGCCCGGGGUUCCGACUGAACAUUUUAACCCUCAAAUGUUUAAUUCCUUUAGUCUUAAAAACAUGAAAUGAAAACUGGUUCCUCUGCAUAAGCAGGCAGUCAUGAUUCAUCCCCUUGUGAAGCAGCUGCUUCUCCAGCCUCAGUCCCUCUCUGAAGCUUCAGAGGAGAGAAACUAAUGAAAUGUCUUUGCUUGGAUUUCAUUACGGCUCCCGCUGCCUGAAGAGCUGAGAUGACGACGGGAACACUUGAUGAAAUGUUUAAGCUCCUGCCCACUGUUGACCGGAGCUGCGUUCAGGGAGAUUAAUGAAAUGUUUUUUAACAGAAUAAACUUUUCUCAGAUCUCCUCUGCAGAUCUUCGCUUUGCUGAUGCAGCCGCCUCACGGAUAUUUAAGACUUUCCUGGGUGGAAGCAGCAGUGGGCGUGGGAGGCGGCGGGGCAAUUAAAAGCACAGAAAUGUGUCGCCGCUGCUGAGGAUGAUCAUCAGAUGUUUGAAAGCACUUCUGCAGGAGCAGCUGCAGGAUUUAAGGAGGAUUGGAUUUUUAUUAAAAUGCAGAGCUGCAGCUGGUCAGAAAAUAACUCCUAACCACUGAAAUGAUAUGAAAUAUAAACUCCUAAUGGAGACAGAAAAACCGAUGCUCUUUUCUGGGUCCGAUGGGUUAGGUGUUAAUGUCAGAGAUGAUUUUAUGGUCUUCCUUUCAGCUUCCAUAGGCUCUUCACACUACUGAAACUUUAAGCCAAAGUUGCUGUGUUUACCCUGAAUGUACACAAAUCUUCUCAAAAUACUUAGUUUUUUCACUCGUUUCAUAAUCUUCAUUUUGAAUUUCUGUUCUGGUAAACCCAUCUGGGAAAAAGUUUGUCGUACAAGUUUAAAAAAAGAGAAAGUGGGAGAAAAUGUUGGAAAAAAAGAGAUAGAUUAAUGGAAAAAAAAAUUAUUUUUAUUUGAAGCGACUGAAGUUUUGCAGAUUUAAUUACUUUCAAUUCACUCGCGUUUAGAUUUGAUCCAACGUUGCUGCAGCUUAGUAACCCAGGCAGAAAUUCACAGCCGUCUGUAUGACAUCAUAACCAAACUAAAUGAACUUUAUAUCACUAGUUAGCAGGUUGAAAUUCAGUACAUAUAUUCAGCUAAUUUGUCGAGAAUAAAUUAAAUAGGUGCUCAAAGGUUUAGAUUUUUACUAACAAUUUAAAAAAAUCAAUUUAUUUUUAAAUAAGUUGCAAUGAACUUUCUGACCUCAUUACAAACGUAAAGGUGCUGUUCAGCUCAGGUUGCUCAGGCGUUGCUGCAGCCUGUUGGGUUUUCUGUUGAUCUUUUAGUCGUCUGUGUUCAGAACGUUUCUGUUUGUUUGUUUGCAGUUUUAUUGGGAUAAAAAUGUUUAAAAUGCAUCUUUUCAGCCUCUCUGCUUCACACGAGGUGUUUGCGAUCUUCACGGCGUGGAGCAGUUGGGUUAACGCACCUUCGCACGCAGCCGGUUUUCCACUUUCAUGUGGUAAAACCGACUGUUGUAGAUCUUUUACAAAUCAGGUGUUUUUGGCUCCAACACGUGUUAAAGGUUUGACUUGCUGGGAAAUUGAAACGACUGCAAUGUCGACCGCAGGAACCACAAACGUGAAAACUGGAUCUUUGUAGAGGGUUAUUCUGAGCAGAUUGCAGAAUGAGGCCCUGCAGGUUUGCAGACAACUUCUAACUUUUACCUGAUUCUAAAUUAAUACCGAAGUGUUGGAAUUGUCUGGAAAGAGUCAAAUAAUAUGAUAUUAGGGCAAAGUUUUUUCUUGUUGUGGAUUUCCUGAACAUCUCGGAAGGAUUUUCAUUCAACAAACCUGUGAAUGAAAAUGUGGUCUAAUUGUACUGUUUUCUGUGUUUGGUAGGUUCUGUUUUUAUAGUUUGUCUUCUUUGCUUGGUGAUGAUGGAAAUGUGUCCUAUUAGUGCAGACAGAUACUGAGAUCAGAGGAUCUAAAAAGUGUCCACACCCCUGCUGAAACAGCAUGUUUAUGUAACCUUUUAAUAUUGGGUUCAAACCGUCCAAUUCAGCUAAAAUACCAACAAAUCGGAAGGAAUUGUAAAAACAAGUUAAAGUUUCAAUGACCUAGUUUUACCAGUCUGCACACUCUUAAAAUAAUACGUUGUUUUAUUUAAUUUUAACUUUAUUCUUCUUUGAAAGAAAUCUUUCAGCACCCCACAUCCUGAGCCGGUAGAAUCUCUCCACUCUAUCCUGCAAAGGUUCUGCAAGUUCUCCGAUUGUGAGAACGUCUCUUGUCCACAGUCCUCUUCUGGUGAGCUCACCUGGUGGGAUCUUCUGAUCUGGACUCCGACUGGGUCCUUCCAGAGGGUCCUUCCGGACACCUGAAGGGUUUGGGUCAGAUCUGAUUAGCAUUUGGAACUUUUCUGAAUUUCCUCCACCCUAAUAACAAUUAAAAACCAGUUAAAUCUGGUUCUGGAGAAAAUAUCCAUCAGUUUUCCAUAUUUUCUCCAAUUAUUGAUGAUGGCCUUGCUUGUGCCCUGGUAUAUAAAUAUUUAAAAUAUUUGAUUUCUCUUCGUGCUCUUCUUCUGAUUGAUACUUUUGAUCCUUUUCAACCUCGCUGCACAUUUGGACUUUAACUUAAAGAUGCGAAAAUCCAGCCAGAACCACUGAACUUAAUUUCGGGUUGUUCUGGUUCAUUGUUCUUAUUGCUUCAACAAAGUUUUGCACCAUCAGGCAACCUGAUUAUUCCAACUUCAAUUUUGUUUUCAUUUUUUCCUCCUAAAAGAUGUUUUUUUUUAAGUUGAGAUGACUUGAUGUGGUCUAAUUUUAUUAAAUCACUUAAAAACUGCCAUUUAACAGGGGCGUGUAAACCUUUAAAAAAUUCUGCAUCUUCAGAUCAUUCAAACGACUCUUCAAAACUGUUUAAUGAAAGAGAGAACUGACCUCUUUUAAUUGUAGCUGUUGGUUCUGUUGUUGCGGGUCAUUAUUCUGCAGAUCUGAGACUUUUUAUCUUUUCCAUCAUCUUGAACAACUUUGACAGUCUGUAACCAGCAGACAUUUUGAUGAUUACUUUGCUCCGGUCACAACUUCGUGUGUUCAGCGUUUUGUUUGUACCAUCUGGAUCUACAUCAGAUUUUUGUCUCCUGAUAAAGUCCCACAAAGCUGCACUUACGAGGUGACCGCUUUAUGAGUGAGCAGCGAAUCAAAAGGAUUGUUUCGUAAAUUGCUUUGCUUUGAUUCGGAGCUUCACAGCGCUCUGCUUUUACAUGGCCGGCGCUUUAAUUAGCACAUAAAAAAUGCAGAGAAUCAGUUUGACUUUGUUGGGUUUUCUGAGGUUGUACAGAAUCAUAAAUCUCUGAGAUGCCACGAACGUCAGAGUUAUCAGAGGAGAAAUAAAGAUUAUUCAAAAAAUGUA